AUUCGCAAAAGUGCCGCCGUCGCGAGUGGUUGUCUCGCUCUCGCCGUCUCUUUUUGCGCUUCUGCAGCCGUCUCUUUCGCCUGCGCUUCCCACCCCCCAAAAAAAAGUCCUUCGAUCGAUGCGACCAACGCGCGUUGACCUCCAGUAAAUCAUUUAAAAUACCCCAAAGCGGUCGGAUUUCGGCGUGAUUUACCGAUUUUUAGUUGAAACAAACAUAUAAAGUGCUUUUCGGCUAUUCGGCUAUGGACGUAAAACCAGAAGAUCGUUAUGCUCCAGAGACGAUGAUCUAUAUGCCGUGUGUGUUUGUUGCUGGCUGUUUAAUUGUGCGCUGGCGUUUAAAUAAAAUCAAGUGCGUUUAAAUGUGAAAACAAAAGACUGGCAUUAUAUAUUGGCGAUUCAGAACGAUCGGUGGAAGAGCAUUUUUCAAGCACCAUUUGCUCUUAUCUCGAGUGUCGAUCCACAAGGAAGAACUUAGGCAACAAACUGAAGUACACAGCUAGCAUACUGAAAUAAAACGAAAACCAAAUAAGAUAGAGUGCGAAUUAAAAAAGUGGCCCACAACAAAUGACUCGUAAUGCAAUGCCUGGGCAAUUAAUUAGUGCAUAAACAUUUGAAUUAACUGCCGUAAAAGUUGCAGCCCCGCACACGAUCGCUCACCGCCUACCCUCAACCCCCUUCGAGAAAUCGGGCACUGAGUUUUUCCAUCCUCGAUUUUCGCCGCUGGAAAAUGUAACUCCGCCACCAGUGGAAAUUAUGACGCAAAAAAGCCGAAAUCGGUGCGCAGCCUGAGGAAUAAUAUAUUUGCAAUUUAUGCAACAAUCGUCGCGUGGUUGUUGCCACAACAAAGAGCGAUUAGUGCACUCGGAGCAUUACAAUAGCCACCUGUGGAGUCCCAGUAAAGCCGUCAUCAUCAACGCAUCGUUAUGACUGUCGCAGCAAUUGGAUCUAAUCGGCAGCGUCGUUUGGCUUUAAUUGUUUUGACCACCUUGUGGCUGCUAAUCGGGGCCACCGACUCCUCCUCCUCCUCCUCAUCCUCCAAUCCAAAAUCCGUCAGCAUUGAGCUGCGUCGCAAGAGGAGCUUGCACUAUGAUGGCAUUGAGCUGGACGAGAACAACCUGGUGGGCCAUCUGAGGGACCACGAGCGGGCCCUGAUCUUCGGAUCACGAUCUCCGGAAGAGGCGCCCGAAUUCAAACUCGUGCACUUGGCACAGCAACGACCAGAGGAGCUGAAUCGGCCAGGAGACGAGGUGGAGCAGCAUGGGGCCAAUCCGCACCAGAGACGUCAGCGGCGCAGCCUGCCGGCACAAGAUGGGAAUGGGGCACUGCCGCCGGUGGAGAAGGGGCAGGUGGCUGGAGAGGAUGUGAAGGCUGGAGAGGCUGUGGGGGAUGUGGAGGCGCGGUUGGAGCUGCAGCAGUCGCCGCAGCUGAUCGACGAUGCCUUCAUCUUCAUCCGCCGCACCGAGAAUGGCACCCAGUUCGUGGAGCACUCGCCGCAGCUGCUCAAGCGACUGGAGAGAUGCUUCUACCGGAGUCCAGCGGCUGCUCUCGAUCUUUGCGAGUCCGGCAAUGUGCGCGGCGUGUUCCAGCAGAACGGCAGUGACCUGGUGAUCCAUCCGCUUCCCUCGCGCUUCGGCACCGGGACGCACGUGCUCUACCAAGCGCGGGUGGACAAGAGCGGCGGCUACAGUGAGGCGUCGUCAAGGCGAACGGUGGCGCCACCGUUAGACAGCCAGCUGCAGUUCGAGCCCGAUGCGGAGGAGUUCAACGAACCGCGGCGACGCUUGCGGGCCCAGUCUCAGUUGCAAUCGCCGUUGAGAUUGCGCUUCCAGCCACGACAUCAUCACGCACAUCUGCAUCAGCAACCGCAUCCGCAUCAGCGAAGACGUCGCUACAUUGGGAAUCCACCGCGCUCCCGCUGGUCGGACAUACCGGAGGAGCUGUUCAUUGAGACGGCCAUCUUUGUGGACAGAGAUCUCUAUGCCCACAUGCAGAGGAACUUUCCCACCAACACCGAUAGCAAGGUGGUCAGUUUCCUGUUGGCCAUGAUCAAUGGCGUUCAGCUGCUGUACCAUCAUCCCACGCUGGGUCGUCGCAUCAAUUUCGUGCUUAAGCGCCUGGAAAUCUGGAAGUCCUGGGAUCCACCUGGUCUGGAUCGCUCCAGGGAUGUGGAAAACUAUCUGAAUAGCUUCUGCAAGUGGCAGGAGAAACUGAAUCCUUUCUCCGACGCAGAUCCCCUGCAUUACGAUCACGCCCUUGUGCUCACCGGUCUCGACCUGGUCACCUACGAGAAGGGCAAGGCCAACAGCCAGGUGGUGGGCAUGGCGACGGUGAAGGGCAUGUGCACCUCCAUCUACUCCUGCACCAUCAACGAGGCCAAGCACUUCGAGAGCGUCUUUGUGGUGGCCCACGAAAUUGGACACAAUUUGGGAAUGCGGCACGAUGCCAAGGAGAUUAGCUGCGAUCCCACCAUGCACAUCAUGUCACCCAAACUGGGCAGUGGCAAGGUCACCUGGUCGAAGUGUUCGCGCACCUAUCUUGAGGAUUUCCUAAUGGAUCCGCAGGCGGAUUGCCUUUUCGAUCGGGACUCAUUCGCGGGUCCGUGGGAUCACACGGCAGGUGGUCGCCUUCCUGGCGAACGCUUCAAUGCCAACCAGCAGUGCAUGCUGCGCUUUGGCAAGAACUUCAUGCAGGCCAGCAGCCAGAGCAAGAUGGAGAUCUGCCGGGAUCUACACUGUCGCCAGGAUGGACUGCCGUGGACUUCGCAUCCAGCGCUUGAGGGCACCGAAUGCGGUCCCAACAUGUGGUGCCGCGGUGGUACCUGUGAGGCUCGUUCCGCCAAACAGGGCAGCUACUCGGCACUGAAGUCCUGGCCCCCGGAAAACGUGCCCGAGGCCACCCACGAGAAGAUUGUCAGACAUGAGCCGAACCGGAUACCACCGCUGCUGCACGACUACAAUGCGAUGGGUAAUGAGCUGCCAGGAUCGCCCGCGAAUUGGGGCGAGUGGAGCGAGCCGAGUGCCUGUGAGUCCGGCUGCCUCUAUGGGCAGUCACGCCGCCUCCUGGAGGGCAGCACGGGUCUCCGCACCUUCAACAGGAGCUGCCUCAACUUUCCAUCGCGCUGCAUUGGCAGGGAUCGUCGUUUUGUGACCUGCAACACACCGCAGUGCCACAAGGUGCCCGUCCAGACAAUCGGCGACUUUGCCACACAAGUGUGCAUGCAGGCGCGGAAGUCGGAUCCGGAACUGACCGGCGAGGGCCAGCAGCUGCCCAGCACACUGGACGCAUCCUGCAAGAUCUUCUGUCGCACCAGGACCAAUGGCACCAAGUCCCGGCGCUGGACAUUUCCGGAUGGCACCACCUGCAAGGCCAAGCAGCACAAUCCCGAGGAUAUCACCUACUGCAUUUCCGGUCGCUGUGAGCGCUUCUCCUGCGACAACUCCACCUCGAACUUCUUCAAAAUGGACAGCAGCUUCUGCGAGGCCAGAUCAGUGCGUCCCACGAGGGAUUCCGCGGACCAGGAGAGCCGACAGCAGACGACCAACCAGCGAUAUGCGGAGCGUGAGGAGGUUAAACCGCCAAAGAAUCACUACGAGAAUGAGGUGGCCAAACGACCCUCCUAUGGCCAAGGCAACCACAUCAAUGCGCCACCAUCGCCGUACAAGAGGCGGAGCUACCACAAGCCAUAUCCACCAGAGAUGCCGCGACCACCGCCGCCAGCCUCUGCAUCACUGAUCGCCCUGGAUCGCAGCUCGUCCUCGGAAUCGGAGUGGGUGGCGCAGCCGGGCUGCCACUCCAACUGCAUGACGGACUCGAAGGGUGUGCAGGCGGUCACCUCCCGGCUGACCGGCGUGGAGAGCAUCCAACUGUGCUCGUAUCGCAUCCAGCCCUGCGAACGCUUGCAGACGGCGGCGGAGUACGCGGAACAGACCUGUGCCAGGUAUCGCCAGAAGGUGCGCGGUCUGUCCGGCCAUGGGGCUCAGAUCUCGGCCAGCAUCGAUGAGCCGGAUCGCAGCUGCCGCGUUGGCUGCCAGGACGAGUUCAUCAAGUACAGGUACUACCUGGUCAAUGGCCGCAAUGGACACUUUCCGCCCGGCACUCGCUGCUCGUCGGUGGGCAAACGCUAUUGCGUGUAUGGCAGGUGCCUGGAAUUCGGCGACGAUGAUCUGCCGCUGGACAAGACCCACAUCAGCUUGGGUCAGCUGAGGACGCGCCGGAAAAGGAGCUUGCCCUCCAAACUUGGCUUGUUCAACUUGACGGACAUAUUCAUUCAACAAUCACAUACCGAUAUCUCCGCUGAAAACAUCGAAUUCACACAACCCAUUCACGUCUCCGCAGACGAACUGAGUAGCAAAAGCCGAUAGCCCAAUAGCUUCCUGGCCACCAAUCCCUUAGUCGAUUAAGUUCUAAGCUAGCUUAAGUACCGAGCUGCUCAAAGGAAACUGCCUGGUAUACACAUUGAUAUAAUAAAGAAUCUAAAAUACUUAGGAA